UUGCGCGCGCAGACCAUGUUGUUAUGGCGACGGGGUCGUAAAUCCGCCAUGUUUGCCACUCUGCGGCCGCGUUGCGACACACACGGAGACUUCGAACGACAUGAAUGUCGAAAAUAAUCUUACGGCAGACAAACACACGAAGGACGGCAGCGAGACCAUCACCAUACACACCAGUCUCGGUGACGAUGAUGAGGACGUGCACAAAUGUGGACGCUGUCAGAGCGAGUUUUCCACCUUGGAGGCUUUUAUUCAACACAAGCUGCAUCACAGCAGCAGACGUGAGCCAAGCAGUCAAGAUGAAGAGCAAAUGGUUGAGACUGCCAAUGGCGGCACACAAGCGGCGCAAGAAGUUGCCAGUGAGCCAGAGAGCACCAACAUUAAUGACACAGGUGCAAGCGCUGCUGCACUGGGACGAGGCUGCAGGAAAAAAAGCACAUCUCAGAAAUUGUCAAGGCAGUCCGAGACACCUAAAGGCCCCGUUUCUAACAAUGCUGAGGGCGAUAAGCCCGUUUACAAAGUCAACGUAGACGGCCGGUACCUUUGCCACCUCUGUGACAAGACUUUUAAAACGAGCAACAUCUUGAAAACUCAUAUGAAGACUCACAGCGAUCAGAAGAACUUUGCGUGCGAAAUCUGUGGCAAUUCCUUCCGCACUAAAGGCUCCUUGAUUCGUCACAGCCGCCGUCACUCUGACGAGCGGCCGUACCACUGCGUGCUGUGCGGCCAGUCCUUCAGAGAGUCGGGAGCCCUCACCAGACACCUCAAGUCCCUCACACCCUGCACUGAGAAGAUCCGCUUUGUUCAGUGCAAGGAGAUUCUGGUGAGCAAGGAUGGAAGGAAGAAAGGAGUUGGCGCCGACAUCCCAGCAGAGACCGGCCGGCGGGAGUUGGUGGUGGUGAAGGAGCAGCCGGCGGAGGAGCAGGUGGUGGAGACGCAAACAGCCGUGGUCAAUUUGGUGGAGGCGGGCUCCCAAGAGGUCCUCCACCAGGUGCACUUCACCAUGGAGGUGGAUGGCACAACACAGGAGCAGCAGGUGAUGGUGGAUCAGUCUCAGGCAGAAGCCCUCGCCGCCGCCGCAGCCGCGGGCGAUAACCUGAUCUGCCAGGCCAUCCUCAACUCGGGCAUUGCGCUGAGGACGGAGGAGGCCGCGCAAGCUCCGCAGGCCACACAUGAGGAGCUGGAGAAAAUGGUCAUCGAGUGUCCUCUCGCAGAUGGCACAGAGAUCCAAGUUAAAGAGGAGUUGGUGGAAGUGGUGGCACCGGAAAGGGAUCAGACAGCCUCCAAGUUGUACACAUGUCCACACUGUAAUCGCUCUUUUAAGGGUUUGAACUACUUCCGCUUCCAUGUCAAAGGUCAUUCGGGUUUCAAGCCCUUCCGGUGCACCCUCUGCCAGAGGGACUUCUUGAGUGGCUACCUGCUGAAGAAGCACAUGGACGUCCACGUCAGCGAGAGGCGCUACAAGUGUGGCGAGUGCGGCAAGCUGUAUAAAACCGUCGGACACGUACGGGAGCACAUGAGGGCCCACUCAGAUGAAAGACCCUACCACUGUGCCAGAUGCAAGAAAGCCUACAAGACCAAGAACGCUCUGCAGGUGCAUCAGCGAACCCACGGCGAGGAGAAGCCCUACGUGUGUAAAUUCUGCUUCCGAGGCUUCCGAGAGAAAGGCUCGUUGGUGCGACACACUCGCCACCACACGGGCGAAAAGCCCUUCAAGUGCCCAAAAUGCGGUCGCGGCUUCGCCGAGCACGGCACUCUCAAUCGCCACAUUCGCGCCAAAGGGGGCUGUCAUAAGGACGAAUCCAGCAAACAGCAACAGCAGGUGGAGGAGGAGGAGGUUGUCACGGAGGAGCUGCUUCCCGGUGAUGACGUCACCACAGCAGCAAUAAUCACCGAAGACCCCCACGCACUGCUAGUGGAGUUCUCCUCGGUGGUCGCUGACACACAGGAGUACAUCAUCAAGCCUCAAACAGACGAGGAAAUACACGAAGAAGGGGAUACGCUCAUUCAGGACAGUCAAAAUGAGAUGGGCAACCACAUCGUGAAAGUGGUGCAGCAAAUUGUCAGCCAGUCGCACGACGCCGGCGGCACGGCCAGCCACCAGAUCAUCCUGCGCAACGUGAGCGGCGGCGAGGAGGGCGCGUCCAUCAUGGACUGCGGCGACACCAUCACCAUCGCCACGCCCGAGAGCCUGACGGAGCAGGUGGCCAUGACGCUGGCCUCGGCCAUCAGCGACGGCACGCUGCUGGUCCAGAGCGUCAAGACCGCGCAGGGGGCGGUUGCCUUGGUGACCACCGAGGAGGUGGUCGAGGAGCGAAUUCAUCUGCAGGACGAGGAAGGAUAUGUGAUCACCACGCCACAAGAGGUGGAGAUUCAGACUGUCAUCGUGUGAUUAAGGACGAGCGCCACCGGGGACUCCACGAACAAACUAAGGUCAAAGCGGUUCUAGCCGCACAACAACAAAGCACAAAAGUUUUUCGUUCAUUUAUAUUGAAUAAAACUGCAUGAGGA